UAACACCUUUAAUUUAUUUAUCGCUCAAACAAACCAAUCACCUUUCGCCACCGCACCCUCGCCCAAAAACCAAAUCAUCCCCAUCCCAUUUUCCAAUUAAAAAAAUGGUGUUGCUAUAAAAGACUAACCCAAAAAAUCACCCCCUCAAUUCAAUUUCAAUUUGAUUGAAAAAAAAAACCAAAAACCAAACAACAAGUCACAUGUCACCCCACUUAGUAGCGGAUGGUAACUUUUUAGUAAGUCUGGUAUAGCCUAAUCGAAAUCCUAAGGAAAAGUCCCACACCCCACAAACAGCUAAUUUUGAUGAUGAUAAUAUUAACUGGAGGAUUGGAUUGGAUAAUGGGCAAAGUCAGAGGUGUGGACCUCUCCACCCCGCGGCGCACGUUAGCCCCCUCCCUCUCACCUAAACGGUGGUCGUCUCCUCAUCCACCCACGUCACCAAAUCCAGCCGCACAUCACACCACCCUCUCUUUAACCCCCACCCACCAUGUCCCCCCAACACUAACCACACCCUCCUAAAAUUAUUCCUCUUUUUCUUCUCCUCCUCCUCCUCCCCCUCCCCAUCACUAUCCUACGCUACCCAUCUCACCCUUUAAUCCUUUUCUCCUUCUUUACUAUCCUACGCCAUGGCCUCUUCACCCCCUUCUUCUCCAACAGAUUCCAACCCACCCUCCGCCGUACCCCUCCCUCUCCCCUCAUCAGCACCACCUCCAACAACCUCCUCCCGCCGUCUCCCUCCACCUUGCUGGACCCCAGAAGAAACUGCUGCCCUAAUCGACGCUUACCGUGACAAAUGGUAUUCUCUCGGCCGUACAAAUCUCAAAGCCACUCAUUGGCAAGAAGUCGCUGACGCCGUUACCGCUCGUUGCCCUAAUGCUUCACCUACCAAUAAAACCGCCGUUCAGUGCCGUCACAAAAUGGAAAAACUCCGUAAACGUUACCGAUCUGAGAUCCAACGGCUCAGGUCUCUCCCAAUUCCGCGAUCUCGUUCUUCUUCCUCUUGGGUUCAUUUCAAAUCAAUGGAUUCAAUGGAAAAAGGUCCUUCUCCACCGCCAAAAUUAGAAAACCCUAACCACCACCGUGAAACCCUAGACGAAAACGACGAUCUCGACGAUGACGAUCUCUACGAGGAACUCAAAAGCGCCGCUGCUGGUGGUUCCGGUAGCGGAAACACCAGAAGCCUCGAUAAACUCUACCGGAACGGUGCUUCCGGCGGUGGAUUCAGAAUCCGAAUCCCAACCGGUGUGAGCGUGGCUCAACCUGGAUCUAAGUUUUUCGGUCAUCAGAAAAUGAAUAACAAUCAAUCGGAAUCUGGUUCUCGUGGUUGCAUCAAUGGUGGAACGAGGCUUGUUAAGGAGAGAGUUGGGUUGGGGAAGAGGGAGAGAGAAAGAGAGGUAGAGAGAGAAAGAGACCCUGUUGGUGAAAUGGUGAGUGCUAUUAAGGUUUUGAGAGAUGGAUUUGUGAGAAUGGAACAGAUGAAGAUGGAGAUGGCUAGAGAGAUUGAAACUAUGCGUAUGGAGAUGGAGAUGAAGCGAACCGAAAUGAUUCUUGAGUCUCAACAGAGGAUUGUUGAAGCUUUUGCUAAAGCUGUUUCUGAGAAGAACAAGAAGAAACUACACAAGGGUAAUAGUAACAACAACACCGUAGCGUCACCUUCAGAAUCGUAGAUAAAUCUAUAUAAUCAAUAAUGAUGUUAAUAAAGAUCGGAACUUUUUUCGAUUCUGUGUUUGCAUUUGCACCCUCCAUGAGAUAUGAGAUAAUAUCAUGUUUUUUUUUUUUUUGUGAAUUAGUUCGGAUCUUGGUUUAGGUAGGUUGAUAUAAUGAUGUUGCUAUAUUCAUCUGUCGACCAAUCUUUUUAUGUUUCUGGUAAAUUUUGGAACUUGAUUAGUUUUAGGAUGAUUAUUGUUGGAUGAAUGUUGAUGUAGAAGCUCUUAAGUGUUCAAAUUUUUCUUUUCUUCUAGUGGUAAUGUUGCUGCUGCCUUGUAUUUAAAUUAUUAUAUGAUGAUUUGAGUUGGUGAACAUAGUUUCAUAUUGAUUUGUAUGGUA